GGAAAAGGAGGCACAUCUCGUGUGUGUGACUCCCCUACUGCCGGAGAUGCCUCCUCCGUUGCAAGGGCCGUUCAAGUUCAAAGCGCCGUUGCCCGUCAGGUAUGCUUUCAAGAGGACAAUGCAGGUCUUAUCUGUUCCCUCCACACGGUGGCCCUCCCUGUGUUAUGCUGUGUGUGUCAGGUUCAAGGUCGGCAGAACCAAGAUCAACCCACAAAAGGCAAGCAAAGUACCCAGCACACCGUGCAGCCAGAGAGGAGAGACACCCACUCUCUCUGUGCUGCGUAUGUGUGCAGGAGCCCGACAUUCGUAUGGGCAAGAGUUUCGUGCUGGCGAUGCCGACACGGGUGCGUGCUGUCCAGCUGGAGAAGGCGCAACUGCUGCUGCGGCAGAAGCUCGGCAAGGGCAAGGAGUUCCACAUGGACGUGCACGCCACGUACGCCACCACCAAGAAGCCCGACGGCUGCAAGAUGGGCAACGGCAAGGGCAACAUCAACGACUUCGUCGCGCGUGUCCCCGCCGGCAAGGUCGUGAUGCACAUCCCCACCAUCAGCCCGUUCGCAGAGUUCAUGCCGCAGCAGCCCAUCUACAGGGGAUUCCGCGUGAUAGCGGGCAAGCUGCCUGUGCCGGUGCGGUUUCGGUCGCAGAACAACAUCUUCCCGAUGGACAGGAUUGACCUGCAGAUGAGCCCCGCUGAGGUGGCGCGGCAGGGGCAGGCGGAGAAGCCGCCGAGGCUGUCACAUGCACGAAGGGCUGCGGCGUAGUGCUGUUUGGUGUGUUUGACGGAUGAG